AUUAAGCUCUUUUUCUACGUAGCUAGGCUAGUCAUGGGAAGUAAAUAAACAAAACUACAAAUCCCAUGAAGGCCUUUGGUGAUGACGUCAUCGCGCGGCGACCAAAAACAUCCGGUUAUGGUUUCAACAUUUUGGCGUCUUUGUAUUACAAGUGUUUCUGUAUAGUGAUGGAGGAAAUGAGCCAUUUGGAGGCAGAACCCAAACCCUCAGCUCCAUCACGAGAUAAGAAGCCUGACGCUGCCAUUUAUGUACCCAAGGGACGACAAGGUGGAAACCAGCCCCAGUCCAGAGAAAAGCCCCAAUCAGGGGGUGAUAAGAAACCCAAAGGCAGACCAAGGUACACUGAUAAAGCCCGUAGAUACAACAAGAAGGACAAGAAGGACAAGAAGGAAUCGGGGGACGAGGGCGUUACAAACGGAGAGGACGGCCCGAGCUCGAAGGGAGGAAGAAAAGAGAGAGAAGAACCAGGUUUGGAAAAGGAAAGUGUAGAACAGACGAGAACAGAUUCCUCUGAGGAGGUGACCGCAUCACACACGACUACUGAAACCCAGCAGAGCCCGCAGGAGGAAGAGGAGCAGGAGGAAGGUGAUAACUGGGAUUCUCUGUUCACAGACGAUGGAGAAUGUCUCAACCCACACCUGCUGGAAGAGAUCUCUCAGAAGGCGGGGCUUGACAAGACGUCUGUUCAGGAGGCACGGUUCGACUACUAUAACUGGACGCCGGAGGACGACGAGGUGGAGCUGCGAGAGGACGAGCUGUCGCAUAUCGUGGAGAUCUACGAGUUUCCCUCUGAGUUUAAAACGGAGGAUUUAGUACUAGCCUUCAGCUCAUAUCAGCAGAAAGGUUUUGAUAUACAGUGGAUCGAUGACAGACACGCCCUCGGCCUCUUCUCUAGUCCCAUAGCAGCACGAGAUGCUUUGAGGACCAAACACCCCAUGCUGAAGGUUCGUCCUCUCUCCAAAUCCUCCUCGGCCACGAAAGCCAAAGCACGCGCAUCCUCAGAUUAUCUCCUCCCAGCUAAAGAGCGUCCGCAGACGAGCGCGGCUCUCGCCCGACGCCUGGUCACCAGCGCUCUCGGGGUGAAGAGCAAGCAGAGCCGGGAGGAUCGCGAGGCCGAGAAGAACCAGCUACGGCAAGCCAGAGAGCAAAAACGACUGGCAGCCAAGCAGCGAGAUGACGCAUGGGAAGGGAAGUGAAGAUCAAGCAGCUUCUCACACACACACACAAUGACCAUGUUCACUUAUUUCUGAUCCUUUUGUAGAUACCGUGUGUGUGUAAGUGUGUGUUUUUCCCAGUUUGUAAAUAAAUCAUUUUUAUAACUUGCGCUUUAAACUCAAAGCUUCUUUGUUCUGGUGUGUGUGUGUGUGUGUUGUGAACCUGUCUUCAGACCAUGUUCAGGUUCUGUAAUAGUUUUUAUUUAACGCUUUAAGUGACUGUUUCACUGCUGUAAAGACUUAACUGUGAUUUGAACAAACAUUUUAAACAGAAAUAAAACGUGGCUGUGUUUA